AUGGAAAGCGCAGAAUCAGCAAAAAUCAGAAAGAGAAUUGUUUCCAAUGUGAAUAAGGAAGGAACAUUGAUGAAGAAACUAUUGAAGCGUGCUGAGCAUAAAUUCCAAAAGAAGAUGAGAGAAGUUGUUUCCACUCUAGAGAAUUUACAAAACUUCAAACAAGUCAAAGUGGCUUCCAAGAGAAGUCCCAUUAAUUUUGAACGAGGACUGAUUGAUAUUCCACAAGACCCAACUCAAGAAUUUAUGCCAAGCAAUGUAACCAAGGAAGAAAUUCAACAGGUUAUGAAGAGUAUCGUUUCCAAGAUUGCUCCUCAUGAUAGAAUUGUAGAUUUGGGAGAUGUAUUUGGAGCUCCAACCACAAAUUUAGAUAAUCUUGUGAAAACUCAUGUUAAAACUGAUUCCAUCAACGAUAUAUUGAGCAGGCAAAUUCAAAAGAUUGUUGAAGAAGAAAACACAGCACACGAAGCAUCCAAAGAUGGUGUCAAGGAACAACAAGAAACCAAAGUCAAAUAUCCUUUCUCUUUCAAAUUGAAAAAGGUUAUGGCCAUGAUUUUUGCCUAUGUUGGCCAUUACAUUUACAUGUUCACUGAUUUAUUCACAAAUCGAGUACAAAUAUUUAUUGGAAUUUCAUGGAUGGACAAUGCCACUAUAGAAAAGAAAUAUCGUGUCAAUUUGGAUGCCAUCAUUAGAGAAGCUAUUGAUGAAUAUAUUGAACAUAAGGAAAAGGAACAAGAAAAAUCUAGCACAAAAGUUGAACUUUUGGAUGAAAUCAAAUUAACAGAAGACAAGAAGAAGGAUGAAGAAGUAUCACAGGAGCAACCAGAGCAAAUUCCACAUGUUAAUCUUGAUGAAGUGAUGCAACAAGAAUUGGAUCAAUUGAAAGUUCAUCCUGACAUGAAAAAGAAACCGUUCAAUUGGGUUCCAAUCGCUCUCAAAAUUCGACAACUCUUGAUUGUUCUUACCAAGCUCUUUUUCAACAACACCGAUGUCAUUUGCUUCUUUGCCAUGUUGGUGAAUGUUCUCUAUGCUCCAACCUAUUUUAAUUUGAUAUUCACUUUUUGCGCAUUUACUUACGCAGCUAUGCAAUAUCCAUAUCCACACCGAUAUUAUUAUGAAGCCAUGUUGAUUUGGGCUCAAUUUUUGAUUGCCGUACAAUAUAUUCUGUAUCUUAUCCAAGCUGCCUUACCAGAUUCCAUGAAAACCAAUGAUACAGAUCCAGCUGUGUUUUUAUUGGGAUGGCAACCAAGUACAGCUCUGUUGUCCGAUAUUGUCAUGUACUUGUUGAUCAUGUUGGCCAUUUUCUUCCAUCGUGAAGUGAGUAGAAAUCGUGGUGAAUGGAAAACCAGUUCUCGAAAGAAGAAGAAAUCCAAAGAAGCCAAUGUCACAGAUCAAACAACCUCAACCACAGGCCAAUCAACUGCCACAUCGAGCCAACAACCAGCUAGUACGACUGACAAAGUGGAACAAAAUGUUGCUGGUAGCACAACGGCAGAGCUUGCUUCUUCUGAACAAAAACUUUCUGUUGAACAACCUACUACCACUAGGGCAAGAUCUGAUACUGCAACGUCGAUUGAGCUUGUAUCUGAAAGACUACAGUCUGACACGGACACAAACAAAGAGCCUAAAAAGAAGAGUAAGACUGUUAAAUUCAUUGAUGUGGAAGAAGAAGAUGCAAAGAAGGAAGAGGCUAAGAAGGAACACUUUGUGAAGAGAGCCUUUAAGAAGCUUGUUAGAAAUGUCAAAGCUGUUGUGAAUGACCAAUUCAAACUCGGUAUUGAUUAUUAUGUAGUCACAGUUGCGGUAGAGAUCAUUGCAUUCGUUUUCUUCUUCUUCAGUUAUUCAAGUAUGAGUGGUAGAGCCGCCGAUGAGACAUUGGGCGCUAUCAAAUCCAACGAGUUAUCAGGGGCAUUUGUUAUUAUUUUGUUCCUUUUCUUUAUUGAGAUUUGUAUCGAGAGAGUGUUAUAUCUUUUUGCAAGUGUUACUGCCAAGCUAAUUUUCCACACACUACUUGUGGUCAUUUAUCACAUUGCCUACAUUGUGUCGUAUAUCAUCAUUUACAGAAAUCAGAAUGCUACUGGAAUUGUAUUGCUCAAGAUUCUAUUCUUCAUCAAGUGUGUGUAUUUAUUCUUGGCUGCCCUUCAAAUUCGAACAGGAUAUCCAAAACGAAGAUAUACUCAAUUCUUUACAAGAUCAUAUUUCUGGAUUGCUCAGUACAUUUAUCUUGGUUACAGAGCAAUUCCAUUUGUUUUUGAAUUGAAGACACUCUUAGAUUGGACUUUUAUUGACACUACUCUUAACUUUUAUGAAUAUCUUAAAUUUGAAGAUAUUUAUAGUGCUUUAUAUAAGAGAAAAUGUGACUUGGAGUACAAAAUUUUGCAAGCUAGAGGAUUCGGAAAUCGAAUUUUCCUCACUACCAAAGCUACCAGUGGAUUUUUACUCUUUGUCAUCUUCUCCAUGAUUAUCUUCUUCCCAUUACUAUUCUACUCUACAGCAAACCCAGCGCUCAGCUACAACACGGUGAACACUGUUGAAGUCAGCAUUGGAUUAGAAGGAUUCGAGCCACUCUAUGAAAAUCGUUACUAUAGACUGAAUCCAGACGAUUCCCUAGAAAGUUUUGUUGAUUUCUUUAAUGGAAAUGGUUUACGAUUAUUUGCUGAUUAUGAUCCGAGCUUCCAAAUUCAAAACUUUACACUCGCUUCAUAUUCUGAACGCUACUGGUUAAUUUCAACACCAAGUAGAAGCAGUCUUGUGGAUGCUCUAUUGAAUGACACUCUUUCUCUCAAUUUAACAAUGCAUUUGAAUAUUAACAGAGCAGGUCCAUCCACACAAUUGAGCUUGGAGAGUCGACAAGCUGUUAUUUUGAGCAAGGACAAACGUUUACAACUUGCUAAAUUAAUCAAUUACAAUGUGUCCUCCAUGAAUUUCAAUGAUGGUAUUACUGAGAGUAUUUCAAUUCCAUUCACUUACAAUCCCUAUGUCAUGAACAAAUACUCUGCAUUGGCGUAUGCCACAGUUGAAGAAGAGAGAUACCUUCCAAAUUGUACUUUAACAGUCACUAACAAGUACAUUACUCCAGAAAAUGUCACAGCCAACAACCCACCUGGAUUUGUUUCAUGGUUCAUGACGUGUUCACAACCAACCAAAUUCUAUCCUCCAAGAAAGUCCGGAAAUGUAAAUGCUGUGAGAGGAGGACCAUUCUUCUUUAUUCAAAGUACAAAUAUUGUAGCAGCUAAUUCUAUUAUUUCUGCCAUUAGUAGUUUUGGUAUUAUUACCUUCUAUACAUCCUUUGUGUUGGCCGUUGCUCAAUUCAUUCGUCUCUAUAGCAGUGGUUUAGUAGGACGAGUGAUUUAUGAAGAUUUAGAUAAUGUGGAUUUGUUACUCAAUUAUUGUCAAGAUAUUUACAAGGCAAGAGAAGAUAAAGAUUUGGGAAUGGAAGAGGCCAUGUAUUUGAAUUUGUUGAGAAUCUUUAGAUCGACUGAAUUGUUACAAGUCUGGACAAGAGAUGCCAAGAAGAAUUGGUUAUAA